AUGAGGAGGCUCUCUGCUUUCAUCGCAAUCUUCUCAAUCAUCGCUUGGAUCUCGCCCAUUGCUGCAAACGAGAUAUCAAACUUGCCAAUAACAUUCCCGAUAGGAACUACCUCACAAAUACUUGGAAACUAUGGCUUUUAUGCAGGAGGUUCGCUCAACAUUGUAGUCAACAACAUAACAAUUGUGGGAGACGCCGCUGCCAUCAAUCCAAAUGAUCCUUUUGCAACCCAGCCAGUCAACAAUACAGCUGGGUUGACACUUUACGUUUGUGAUGCGAGUAUAUUCGUCGCUUCUGGCCGGGCGAAUCUAUGUACACUACUGCCAACGUGUGGGCAAUAUGCGUUUAGUAUUCCCACUACGAUCAACGGUCUGCCUCCGCCGCCAUAUUCCAUGAACCUGACAGUACCGAUCAAUGCAGUGUUUACAACCUUUUUUACUUGGUGCCACUCGUCAGUUCUUUCUUUUAAUGUGAAUGCGAGCUUCAAGAAUCCUGGUCUGGCAAACGAACUCUCUUCAGACGAUUAUCCAUUACUGUGGACAUAUCUAGUAGCAGCAGGACUAUGGUUAAUUGCUAUCGUCAUAUGGUCUUGGAAUUGGAUUUAUUACCGUCAACAAAAGAUCAUGUUUCACGACCUAAUUGUACUGAUACCUGCGACUGAAUUUUUGGCGGCAUUGGCCCAUUAUUACGUAGUGCUGUACUUCUCCUUUGCUGGUGUGAUUCCCGAUUGGAUGGGCGUAACAAGAUGGAUUUUAAGUGGUGUAGCAGUCUUCUCCCGCUUUGUAAUUCUCUUCUUGGCAUCGAAAGGAUGGUGUGUGCUUCGAACACGAUUAGCCAAUGUAGAGUGGAGAACAAUCUACUCUGUAGCAGGAUUCUUGGCCGGUGCUGAAGUCUUUUAUCGUAUCGUUGGGGCAGGGGCUAUGAUCUGCUAUGUGGUAUUUACUGUAACGGCCUUCUUCUACCUCUUCUGGUGUGUCAGAGUACACCUCGAAAACCUCAUGUACUAUAUGGACGCGACCCGUGUUCGCACUGAAGAUGGACGAGAAACAACAGCCAUACCACUAGAUCGACCUCCAUCCGAACUAUUGCCUGCAGCAACACGAGCUGCUCAAGCAGCUGCUAAUGAUGCUGAUGAAACUGGGAAUGGUGGAAACACUGCAUCUGCUGCAGGAGCAAGCAAUCCAUCUGCUGCAAAUAAUCGUGAGGAAGGAUGGUUUCGGCGUAGGAGGAGACGUGAUCCUUCGUUAGCUAGCAGUGCGAGAACUCGAGCAAAACCGAAAGUCGUGGCGCUUGAUGGUGAUUGGGACUUGAAUGAGGUGUACAAGUCCAAGUUUCGUAUGCUCAAACGCGCACGGGCAAUGUUUAGCAUCUACUGUGCAGUAACCGUCGUCGUCCUCGCAGUGGACAUAUUAGGUCUCUACCCAGACUAUUACGUGCUGAUCACCCUCCAACAAGCCGGCUACCUUGGUUGCUUUAUGGCACUGGCUCGCAUAUACCGACUGCAGCCUACAACUCAAGUCAUUGCAAUCCCGGCAUGGCUCGUAACAGCAGUCCGUAAACAAAUGACGAACAACACGGCAGUCACUUUUAUCAGUGAUGGUAUUGAUGAUGAUGCAGAAUCGACUCCAUUGACUGAUGUUACUGCUAUACAUGAUGCUGAUGAGAUAUUUGAGAUGCCUGAAUUGCGGCAUACAGUGCCUUUAUGA